CGCAGUGUUCUCAACGACGACGCGGAAACGAGACGAAAACAGACAUGGCGGACUAUGAGAGUAUUCACAAAGGGUCGCUUAAACUGAAGGGAAUUGGUAGCAUUUCGUCGGGGAAAAAGAAGAAGAAGAAGGAUAAGGACAAAAAGCUGCGCCUACAACAGGAGAUCAUGACGAUGCAGAGCGAAGAGACGGAGGAGACGGAGGAGGCGAAGAAGCCGGUGUACAUGGAGAAGAGGACCCCGGCGCAAGUGGCGUUCGACAAAAUGCAAGAGAAGAGGCAAAUGGAAAGGAUUUUGAACAAAGCAUCAAAAACUCACAAGCAGAGAGUUGAGGAUUUUAAUCGCCAUUUAGAUACCCUGACAGAACAUUAUGAUAUUCCCAAAGUCAGCUGGACCAAAUAAAAACAGAUCAUCUGGAUCUUUCUGAAGAUAUACUUCUCAUAUUCUUGAUGCAGUAUUUGUAAUAUGAAAACCUUUUCUUUUUGGGUAACUUUCUCAAUGAUCCUCUUAGUGAUCUGCAAUAAGUUACCAACAGAUUGUUAGCAAAAUUUUUCAUUUAAGUUGUUUUAUGUCCUUUUACAGUACUUUGGUUAUUAAAGGUUUUGCAACAAUGCACACUUGCAAUAUUAUUGGAAUGUGUUUUCUUUAUUACACAAUGCUUGUCAAAUUUAAGUAUGACUUCAAAUGAGAUGUUUGCAGAACUUUCAAAGCAGACCGUAAAAGACUUCAAUUCUGUCAUUGUUGUCUCUAAGUAUGAGCUGUACCAGUGUGCUUCAGAUUGGUAGUAUUUCUUGUCAUAUUAGAGUUUCUGUAAUGUUUACAAAUUCCAGUACUUUAGAAUUUCUUGCUGCUUUAUGGCCAGGUUUUGUCUUACAAUUAAUGUAAACUAUACUGAACAUAGUACUCACAUGUGGAAUGUUUUUGAUUUUUCUGUUGGUCUGCUAUUUUUAGAAAGUUAGAAGAGGGCCUUGAAGUACACUUCUCUAAAGCAGAGGUGGGUCACUGUGUUACACUGAUGGGAUGGGGGUGAACCAAGUGACCAUAUGAAAAUUUUUCUUUGCAGGAAAAGUCAUGUCUUUAGACUGCAAUAAACUGACGUAAACGUGUUAAGUGUGCGUCCUUUCUUUGGUAUAAUGUAUAUCUGAGAUGGUAUCAGCAAAGUCAUGCCGAAGAUUUAGGAAGGGGGCUGCCCACGUCUGCUGCAAGCUCGCUGGUGGCUGACAAGGCCAGUGCGGGACAGGCAGGUCUGGCCGCAGCAACUGCAAGAGAAAGUCUGUUCUCCGUUUUGCGCUGCAGUGUCACGUUUCUUCCUCCAUCUCCUUUUGUCUCAAGACCAGCCCUGCGUUCGUUCUUGAAGGAGGAGACAGCCUGGUGAAUGGUGUGUUUUCAGGCCUCCCGGUCAGAAGCUAGAGCAGACCACUGGCGAUUGUCAAUGUAACGGACACCAAGGGAUUUCUUCAGAUAGUCCUUGUACCUCUUCUUCAGUGCCCCUCUAUCGCGGUGGCCAGUGGUGAGUUUGCCAUAGAGCACAAUCUUGAGCAUGCAAUGAUCCUCCAUCUUGGAGAUGUGCCCUGCCAACGCAGCUGCGUCUCAUCAGCAUGGCCUUGAUGCUGGUGACCUCCGCCUGUUUGCGGACUUCAGUGUUGGUGAUUCUACUGGAUUUUGAGGAUAGUGCAGAGGCAGCGCUGAUGGAAGCGAUCAAGGAGUCGCAGGUGGUGACGGUAGGUGACCCAUGACUCGGAGCCAUGGAGUAGGCUAAUCAGUAGACACUGAUCUUUGUGCCUUUCUUCAGACACUUGUUGUUCCAGAUUCUUUUGUGGCUGUUUGCCAUUCUGUUAUUUACAUUUAUUCAUGUAGCAGACACUUCUCCAAA